CCUGGCAAUGCCCACCCCUUGUAUUGCCUUGUAUGCAUGUAGCGUAGAUCAGUGAUCGUGCAUUUGGAAUGGAGGGGAAGUAAUUCUCAGCUCGGGACAUUUUCAUUAAACGUUCUUCUUCGUAGAUUUUAUUGAAUUUGUAAUGAGGAAUGAGCGCGAGUUAAAAGAAACGAACUGAAAUGUACAGCUGAGUUAUUAAUUUAAAACGCUGUAGCAUAUAAAUUUGAAUUGAACUCUGACGGUAUAGUCGUUUAACUCGCUCCAUACUUGUUUGAAAUUAUUAGCUGUACCAACGUACCUAAUGGCAACAUUAGAAGAUAAGAUUUUGGGGGAAAAGUUGCAAUAUUAUUGUAGUAGUUCCAGUGAAGACGAAGAAAAUGGAUUGGCAGACGAUGCACCCCAGGAAAAAAUUGUGCAGACGAGCUCACAGUAUGCUCCGGGUUCUUCCAGCUGGAAUGGUAUAUCUAGCAAUACUGGCCCAAAAGGAGUUAUAAAGGAUUGGCAGCGAUUUAAGCAAAUUGAAGCUAAAAAAAGAACGGAUAGCGAGAAGGAACAUUUACUUUUAAUAAAAAAACUAAGUUUAACGUGUCAAUAUACUUUGAAAGAAGAAAAAGAUACAUUAAUGGAAAGUGAUUCAGAACUUGCAGAACUGUUAGCUGAUGAAUUUCUACUAAAUUAUCAAAAACAAAGAAUGAAAGAAAUGCUUGAAAAUGUGAGAAGACUCAAAUUUGGAAAUGUGAUAUAUCUAGAAAGUGCAGAUGAUUUUUUAACAGCUAUAGACAAAGAAAAUAAAAGUGUUACAAUAAUCAUUCACAUAUAUGAAAAAAGUGUUCCUGGAUGCGAGGCAAUGAACGGUUGCCUACAAACUUUAGCCCAAGAAUAUCCAUUUGUUAAGUUCUGCAAAAUCUUGGGAUCAGUUGCUGGAUUGAGUAAUCGUUUCAAAGAAGAAGGGGUACCAGCAUUACUGUCCUACAAAGGUGGACAACUUGUGGGGAAUUUCGUUCAUUUAACAGAUACUUUAGGUGAAGAUUUUUAUUCCACAGACGUGGAAAAUUUCUUGAUCGAACAUGGGAUGCUUAAUGAUAAGAAUAAUGUACCACCCAUUAUUAAAAAGACCCACGAGUGGGGGGUUUCUGAUAGUGAUUAAAAUUGUAUACCUUUGAAUAACUUGGUUUAAAUUGUACUCAACCUAGCAGCUUUUGCACUGCUGGUAUGCAAAUUAAACAUAAAAAAUAUAAUACUUUAAUAAGA